AUGUCGUUGAGCCCCAAGCACACGACGCCCUUCUCCGUGUCCGACAUCCUGAGCCCCAUCGAGGAGACCUACAAGAAGUUCGGCGGCACCAUGGACGGCGCGCCGCCCGGGCUGGGGGCGCCCCUGGGGGCCGCGGCCGCUGCCUACCGCGCGCCGCCGUCCGGGCCAGCCCCGCAGACGGGGAUGCAGGCGCCGCAUGCCGUCGCCGGGCACAACGCGGCGGCGGCGGCGGCCGCGGCGGCGGCGGCGGCCGCAGCAGCGGCCGCCACCUACCACAUGCCGGCGGGCGUCUCGCAGUUCCCUCACGGCGCCAUGGGCGGCUACUGCAACGGCGGCCUGGGGAACAUGGGAGAGCUGCCCAGCUACGCGGACAGCAUGCGGGGCGGCGCGGCGGCCGCAGCAACCGGCUGGUACGGCGCCAACGCGGACCCGCGCUACUCCUCAAUCUCCAGGUUCAUGGGUCCGUCGGCGGGCGUGAACGUGGCCGGCAUGGGGUCACUGAGCGGCAUCGCCGACGCCGCCAAGUCUCUGGGCCCACUGCACGCGGCGGCGGCGGCCCCGCGUAGAAAGCGGCGCGUGCUGUUCUCACAGGCGCAGGUGUACGAGCUGGAGCGGCGCUUCAAGCAGCAGAAGUACCUGUCAGCGCCCGAGCGCGAGCACCUGGCCAGUAUGAUCCACCUGACGCCCACACAGGUCAAGAUCUGGUUCCAGAACCACCGCUACAAGAUGAAGCGGCAAGCCAAGGACAAGGCGGCGCAGCAGCUGCAACAGGAGGCAGGCCUGGGGCCGCCGCCGCCGCCGCCGCCGCCGCCGCCGCCGCCUUCGCCGCGUCGCGUGGCCGUGCCCGUGCUGGUCAAGGACGGCAAGCCGUGCCAGAACGGCGCGGGGAGCGGGGCGCCAACGCCCGGCCCGCCGCCGCCGCCCACGCCCGAGCUCGAGGAGCUCUCGCCCAGCCCGCCCGCGCUGCACGGGCCCGCGGCCGGGAUGGCGUUGGACACGGCCGCCGGGGACUACGGAGCGGGGGUGCUCGGCGCCAACCUGCUCUAUGGCAGGACGUGGUGACCGCGCGGCGCCCCGGAACAGGGGCUGCGACCGGCGGCAGCCGACGGGGACACUGGAUGUGCGGACGCUGACCGCGCUCGGCGAUCGACUCCGAGAGCCCGGGCUCAGACUCCUGAGCUCUGGGCAGGGGACAGCGACUUCCCAGGACCCAGUGCUGCCACUGGGCUUCGCAGUGGCGAUCUCCUCUUUCUAUAAGUUCCUAAAUUAAGCGAAACGCUGGCUGAGCGCAUAGGCACAAUGUUCCUAACCUGAGCGCUCGGAGUUUUAAAAGUUGGAAACUUUAUUGGCGUUUGUAGCUCUAAAAAUCAACCCAGCUUUAACAGUGAAUCGUUUUUGACCCGAAAUUGAUCUUGGGAGAUUGAUUUUUGAAGGGGACCCCCUAAGUGCAAUUUCAUUAAUGUUUCAAAGUAAAUUGAAUUGUAACUCGAGGUGGAUCAUAGGAUCGUACACAUAGCAACAUUUAUUGCAGAGGAAUUAUUGCCAUUUAGGUAAAAUAGAGCAAUGGAAUAAAAAAAGUUAUAUGGAUCAAUAUAGCAUUUUAAAUUUAAUACUGAUUUUAAAAGAUCUUCAUAAUUAUUUGGCAACGGAGUGUUUGCAUUAUUCUAGAAGAGUCCCCCCUCCCCCCAAGGCAAAGCUCAUCAUAGAAAGGGUUGUACUUUUUAUAUGGAAUCUGGUUUCUCCAUAUCUACUGAUAAAAUACACCCAGUCGUUCUACAGAUAUGGUACUGACUCUUUUAAAGGUAUUUUUGUCCGAAUUUGAAGCAAGUAAAAUUGCUAAAAUUGACAUCAAUCGAUAUUUCAAAGCAUGUGAAGAAAGAAUAAGAUGAUUUAAGGUGAACUGUAAUAAGAUUGGAAACCAAAACCCAGAAUCAAAGUUGCAGAGAGGACCAGCAGGACCGCAGAUGCAAUUCCAAGCAUGGAUGUGUUCUCCAUUGUUAAUAUGACACCAACGUAAGCAUUUGUGAGCAUCUGGGAAGUGUCCAGAAGAUGUCCAGACGGACCAGCAUCCACAUCCUGUCAGGAAUGCACUCUCCAGUUUGCACUUGCAGUUGAAGAGGGCUGAGUCAGCGACACUAGGCAGGUUGAGAAGCUGCAGCACCGCGCAAAGGAGCAAAGGACUGCGGCCACCACAACCUGAGGGUCGAGUAGUGCCCCAUGGACCCCCCGCUGGGGAGGGGCUGGGCCAGCUAUCCAGCUGCGACCGACAGAGCAACAGUGCAGAGGCCCCUGCAAAACCCAAGGCCACUGGGCCCCAAUCCCACCCCGUCCAUUCCGCGUCACCCAGUUGUCUUCGUAACGCUAAGUGACAGUCGAAUACCAGUGUGCAGCCGGCUUUGGCUUUGUACUUCCACACUACUCUGUUUGCUCUCCAAUGGGAGGACAGCUGCUCAUUACAGCCUGUUUUCAGGUUCUAAGAUUUUUAAAAAUCUUUGAUGUGGGGCCCUGAAAAAAAUGUGCCCUAGUACAAUGACGUGAAACUGGCCCGUUGACUUUGACCCUGGACUUUUGAGAAAACAUUUAUAGCAGUAAAUAUCCUACCUUAAAGUUCUAAAAAUAAUUUUGCUUGAAACAAGAGGGCUCGUUUUUCUGUAGAUGCCACCAUAGGACCAGUUGCUGAGCUGGGGAAUCAGGAAGCAAGAGCCAAGGCUUUGGCACGGCCUGGGGGAGGGGUCUGGGCACGCCCAUCUUGUCCUGCACACGGAGCCUUCCCCAGACCUCUUGCUUCCACGUCUCAAAACAUUUUUGAUUUUUAUUAGUCCAUGUUUGCAGUAAAAAUUACAUUCAUCAUGGGGAGUUGGUACAUGUACAUGACAUCUUAAUUCCUUUUACCUCUCAUUUGGAAGACCUGUCUUCCUGUGAAGACUUUAAACAUAUAGUCAAAAGCUGAAUCAGAGAAUCUCACGGAGGCUUAAAAUAAAAUUAAACCAAAACUAAAGGUCUAGGAAAAUAUAAAGGGUGGCAGUGUUGGUCUUGGGUACCCCAAUAGUAAGAUACUCUGGGGCUCCGUUCAAAUAUUUAGUGCUUUACAGAGCUGUACAUUUUAAAUAUUGAGAUGUAUUAGAGAAAUCUAACAGCAGAAGGCAUUAUCACAUUACUGCAGAGUGAAAGUAAUACAUAAUGGUGUGUUGGCAAUUCCUAAUGAAGGUGCUCUGUCUCAGAAAUAAAAGGCUCCUGUUCUAUUCGCUCA